AUGCCGCCUGAACGAGCCAAUGUCCCGGUGAAGCUGUCCCUGCCUCUACAAUAUCAGCAGGACAUCUUCACCGAACUGCGCGCGGAGGAUGAAUUGGUGGUUCUUGCUCGAGGCCUCGGCCUCCUCCGGCUAGUGACCAACCUACUUCAUUUCUAUGAUGCGGCCGGAAACAACCUUGUAUUGGUCGUUGGUGCUGAUGAUCGAGAGAAUGAGUGGAUUGGAGAGGCGCUUGCGGAACACUAUGCCGUCAGUAAAACGCCUCUGGCCAGGGGUCUCAAGGUGAUCAAUACUGACAGAGCCACGGUUUCGUUGAGAGAGAAGCUAUAUGCCGCGGGUGGUAUUCUGAGUGUGACAUCCAGAAUACUAGUGGUGGACUUUCUGUCCAAGCUCCUCGACCCUUCGAAAGUGACGGGCAUGGUUGUGCUCCAUGCCGACAAAAUUCUUGCGACUUCCCUCGAAGCUUUUAUCCUUCGUGUAUAUAGAGAAGCGAACAAGACCGGAUUCCUCAAAGCGUUCUCGGACUCUCCCGAGCCGUUCACAACCGGCUUUGCUCCAUUGGCCACCUCCAUGCGGAAUCUCUUUCUCCGCAAAGCAUCGCUAUGGCCGCGCUUCCAUGUCACAGUUGCAGAGUCCUUGGAAGGCCAUAGAAAAGCCGAGGUGAUCGAGCUUGAGGUACCGAUGAGUGACAAGAUGCGGGACAUACAAAAUGCGGUCCUUGAGUGUGUGGAAAUUUGCAUCGGAGAGCUAAAGAAGGCGAAUACUGGGCUUGAUAUCGCAGACUGGACCCUGGACAGUGCUUUGCAUCGAAGCUUUGACAUUGCAAUCAGGCGCCAGCUUGACCCGAUGUGGCAUCGGGUGAGCUUCAGAACCAGGCAAAUUGUCAGCGACUUGUCGGAUCUGCGUUCCAUUCUCCAUGCCUUGCUUACCUAUGAUGCCGUUUCGUUUCUCAAAUUUCUCGAUCUCAUUGUGACCGCCCAUACUCCGCCUCCCGGCUCUACAAGGCACAAUUACUCCCCCUGGCUCUUCCUUGACGCUGCUGAUGUGCUAUUUCAAACGGCUAAGGCGAGGGUUUAUCAAGGCAAAAUAAGUAGUGAGGUGGCUCGCUCAUCAUUGACUUCGUUUCCUACUACCUUGCAACCGGUUCUAGAAGAACAGCCGAAGUGGGAGGUCGUGGCAGAAGUGCUUGAGGAGAUUGAGACUGAUGCAUAUCUGAAUCCCUCAAAUGUUGACGAAUCAAACAGCACCGUGUUGAUUAUGUGCAACGACCAGCGAACCUGCCGUCAGCUUCGUGAAUACCUUGCAACAAUGCAUGCUCAUGUCGGGGACAGGAAGCGGGAGAGCUCUGACCCUGGUGAUGCUGUGGGUGGAAAGAAAGGCUCAGCUGAAGUUAUGUUGCGCCGAAGGCUACGAGAAUACCUAGACUGGAAGGCCUCUUUAUCCAACGUUAGCAAGAAUCUCUCCUCCAAACCACCCAAUGAAGACUACAAUGGCGCAACGAGCACGCCUGCACCGGGGACUGUGAAUCCCAGAGCACCCGCGAACAAACGACGUCGCGUUCGUGGUGGAGGGGCAGCAGCAGGCCCCGGACGAGCGCCCAAUGCCGGCAUUCAGGUGGAGGUGGAACCUUCGGGCCAAGUCACGGCACUCUUGGAUGAAAUAAAGCCUACAGAAGUCGAGGAAACUCAGAAGGAGGAGAUACUUGUGGAGGACUUGGACGACAUGGAUGACUAUUACGAACUAUAUGAUAUGAACGAUUUGAUUAUGAUACACCCUUAUGAUGGCGACAUGGACGAGCACAUUCUCGAGGAGGUUCGUCCACGGUACAUCAUCAUGUACGAACCGGACCCUGCAUUCAUCCGACGAGUUGAGGUCUACCGGAGCUCUCAUGUGGGCAGAAACGUGCGCGUGUAUUUUGUCUACUAUGGAGGUUCGGUGGAAGAGCAGCGGUACCUGAGUGCCGUGCGACGGGAGAAGGACUCGUUUACGAAGCUGAUCAAGGAGAAGGGCAGCAUGGCCGUGACUAUCGUCCACGAUAAAAGCCUGGAGGACCCCCAGGAGCAGUUCCUUCGGACCGUAAACACUCGCAUCGCAGGAGGCGGGCGACUCGCCGCAACGGCCUCACCACCCCGGGUCGUGGUCGACGUCCGGGAGUUCAGAAGCGCGCUGCCGUCCCUCCUGCACGGAAACAACAUGAUCGUGAUCCCCUGCCAGCUGACCGUGGGCGACUACAUCCUCACGCCGGACAUCUGCGUCGAGCGCAAGUCCAUCCGCGACCUGAUCACUUCCUUGCGCAACGGCCGUCUCUACAACCAGGCGGAGACGAUGCUCCAGCACUACAAGAACCCCUUCCUGCUCAUCGAGUUCGACCAGAACAAGUCCUUCACCUUCGACGCCUUCGCGUCCGCGACCACGCCGGGGACCUCCUUCAUGACGGACUUCGGCUUCUCAUCCUCCGGGACCAGCACCCUCUCCACGAACAGCUCCCUGGUCAACCCCUCCAGCCCCAAGUCGGCACAGCAUCUGCUCGUCCUCCUCACCCUGACGUUCCCCAAGCUGCGGAUCAUCUGGUCCUCCUCCCCCUACCAGACCGCGGAAAUCUUCGCCGAGCUGAAGAAGAACAACCCGGAGCCGGACCCGAUCCGCGCCGUGCAGAUCGGCCUCGACAUGGAUCUCGUCUCCUCGUCCCAUCCGGGCGACAUCAUGGCCGCGGCGGGCAUCGAGCACCGGACCUUUAAUCUCCUGCCUCAGGACAUGCUCCGAGCUGUGCCCGGGGUGAGCCCCAAUGUUCUCGAGCGGCUGAUCCUGGAAACGGAGAACAUCCAUGAGGUCGCGAAUAUGAGUGUGGAGCAGCUGGACCCUCUCGUGGGGAUCGAGGCUGCCCGCAAGAUAGUCGGUUUUUUUCGGAAGAGCGUGUUUGAGGAUUAGCUAAGACGCAUGCAGUACCAUUAUGCACAUCAUGAGUGUCUUCAUCAGUCGUAUUUGUGUAAGUGAAGCGGUAUGAAAG